AUGCAAUACAAGAAAACUUUAGCUUCUGCUGCUCUAGCCACUACCGCAAUGGCUGCUUACGCUCCAUCUGAACCAUGGUCCACCUUAACUCCAUCUGCUACUUUCAAGAAUGGUCUAACUGACUAUGCUUCAACUUUCGGUAUCGCUGUCGAACCAAUCACUACCAGUGUUAACACUGUUGCUUCUUCUACUACCACCAAGGCUAAGAGAGACGCUGUUUCUCAAAUCGGUGAUGGUCAAAUCCAAGCUACUACUAAGACUACUACUACUUUAUCCAAGAAGUCUACUGCCGCCGCUGUUUCUCAAAUCGGUGAUGGUCAAAUCCAAGCUACCACUGCCACUAAGAAGACUUCUGCUGCUGCCGUUUCUCAAAUCGGUGAUGGUCAAAUCCAAGCUACUACAAAGACUUCUGCUGCCGCCGUUUCUCAAAUCGGUGAUGGUCAAAUCCAAGCUACUACAAAGACUUCUGCUGCCGCUGUUUCUCAAAUUGGUGAUGGUCAAAUCCAAGCUACCACCAAGACUACUGCUGCCGCUGUCUCUCAAAUCGGUGACGGUCAAAUCCAAGCCACAACUAAGACUACCGCUACUGCCGUUUCCCAAAUUGGUGAUGGCCAAGUCCAAGCUACCACUGCUACCACCAAGACCACCGGUACUGGUUCUACCACAACUACUCAAGCUACAACUAACUCCUCUGACCCAGUUUCUGCUCAAGCCUGUAAAAACAAUGGUACUCUAUCUAUGACUCUAAAGGAAGGUAUCUUAGUCGAUGGUAAGGGUAGAAUCGGUUCUAUUGUUGCUAACAGACAAUUCCAAUUCGAUGGUCCACCACCACAAGCUGGUGCCAUCUACGCUGCUGGUUGGUCUAUGACCCCAGAAGGUAACUUGGCUAUUGGUGACAACGAUAUCUUCUACCAAUGUCUAUCUGGUAACUUCUACAACUUAUACGAUGAACACAUUGGUUCUCAAUGUACUCCAGUCCACCUAUCCGCCAUUGACUUGGUUGACUGUUAA